ACAGGCACACAGCGAGAAGUGGCAGUCGUGCGUACAGUAUGCUGGCCAAGGGACUUUCCUUGCGCUCAGUGCUGGUCAAAGGCUGCCAACCUUUCUUGAGCCCUACCUGGCAGGGGCCAGUGCUGGCCAUUGGAGGGGAAGCUGGCAUCUCUACUAAUAGUCCUCGGCCUUUCAGUGAGAUCCCUUCUCCCAGUGACAAUGGCUGGCUAAACCUGUACCACUUUUGGAAGAAGAAUGGCACACACAGAAUCCACUAUCAUCAAAUGCAGAGUUUCCAGAAGUAUGGCCCCAUUUACAGGGAGAAGCUUGGCAGCGUGGAGUCUGUUUAUAUUCUGGAUCCUGAAGACGCAGAACUGCUGUUUUUACGCGAGGGUCCCUACCCAGAACGAUACAUUUUGCCCCCCUGGCUUGCCUAUCACCAGUAUUACCAGAGGCCCCUUGGGAUCCUGUUUAAGAAGUCAGAAGCUUGGAAGAAAGAUCGAAUUGUCCUAAACCAGGAAGUGAUGUCCCGCGACGCCAUCAACAACUUCAUGCCCCUGAUUGAAGGUGUAGCUCAUGACUUCGUCAAGGUCUUGCACAGGCGCAUCAAGGAGCAGAACUCUGGAAAAUUUUCAGGGGACAUCAGUGGUGACCUGUUCCGCUUUUCCUUUGAGGCCAUCACCAAUGUCAUGUUUGGGGAGCGCCUGGGGAUGUUGGAGGAGAUCGUGGACCCUGAAUCCCAGCGGUUCAUCGAUGCUGUCUACCAGAUGUUCCACACUAGUGCCCCCAUGCUCAUCCUGCCUCCAGAACUCUUUCGAUUCUUCAGAACUAAGAUCUGGAAGGACCAUGUGGCUGCCUGGGAUGUGAUUUUUGAUAAAGCUAAUGAAUACAUUCAGAACUUCUACUGGGACUUACGGCACAAGCAAGACUUCAACCAGUACCCUGGUGUCCUCUAUAGCCUCCUGAGUGGUAACAAGAUGUCCUUCAAGAACAUCCAGGCCAACAUUACGGAGAUGCUGGCAGGAGGAGUGGACACGACAUCCAUGACCCUGGUGUGGAACUUUUACGAGAUGGCACACAACUUGAAAAUACAGGAGAUGCUGCGGGCAGAGAUUCUGGCUGCCCGGCGCCAGGCCCAGGGAGAUAUGGUCAAGAUGAUGCAGUUGGUCCCACUUCUAAAAGCCAGCAUCAAGGAGACCCUGAGGCUCCACCCCAUCGCUGUGACCUUGCAGAGGUAUCUUGCAAAUGAUGUGGUGCUUCGUAAUUACAAGAUUCCUGCCAAGACAUUGGUGCAGGUGGCUACCUAUGCCAUGGGCCGAGAACCCAGCUACUUCUCCAACCCAGACAAGUUUGACCCAACUCGCUGGCUGGAAAAAAGCAAAAAUAGCACCCACUUCCGAUACUUGGGCUUUGGCUGGGGUAUUAGACAGUGUCUGGGCCGGCGGAUUGCGGAGCUGGAGAUGACCAUCCUCCUCAUCAACGUGCUGGAGAACUUCAGAAUUGAAGUUCAAAGUCUCUCUGAUGUGGGGACCAAGUUCGGUCUCCUCCUGUUGCCUGAGAAGCCCAUCCUCUUCAACUUCCAGCCUCUCAAGAAGGACCUGGACACCACCAUGAUCAGACAGGGUGGCACUGUCUGAACUGCAGACUGGAGUCACACGGGGCGAUGGCCCUAUGGGGGCCUUUGGGCAGGUGUCUCUGUCUCCAGAAACACCUGCUCCCUUUGGAUGGUUCUGAGCUCUCAGGGGCCACCUGCUUAGGUUAGCUGGGUCCUCCUUCUUUAUCCACUCUCCUCCUUUACUUACCCAGAAAGUUAAUAAACAGAUGAACUCUG